GGCCCCAAAAAACCGAAAGUAAAAUCACCUAAAGAUAAGAAACCAGACAGCCCCGAUGAAGAUUCUGAUAUGAAAAAUGAUCCAGAUAAACCAGAAGAUGAACCUGAAAAUUCUGAUGAUAUGCCUGAUGAAAUGCCAAAAGAUUCCCCGAAAGGAAAGGACCCUAAAAAUCCCAAACCAAAAUCACCUACAGACGAAAAACCAGACAGUUCGGACGAAGAUUCUGUUAUGAAAGAUGAUCCAGAUAAACCAGAAGAUGAACCUGAAAAUUCUGAUGAUAUGCCUGAUGAAAUGCCAAAAGAUUCCCCAAAAGGAAAGGACCCUAAAAACCCCAAACCAAAAUCACCUACAGACGAAAAACCAGACAGUUCGGACGAAGAUUCUGAUAUGAAAGAUGAUGCAGAUAAACCAAAAGAUGAACCUGAAAAUGCUGAUGAUAUGCCUGAUGAAAUGCCAAAAGAUUCCCCAAAAUCACCUAAAGACGAAAAACCAGACAGCCCUGAUGAAGAUUCUGAUAUGAAAGAUGAUCCAGAUAAACCAGAAGAUGAACCUGAAAAUACUGAUGAUAUGCCUGAAGAAAUGCCAAAAGGUUCCCGAAAAGGAAAGGGCCGCAAAAAACCCAAACCAAAAUCACCCAAAGACGAAAAACCAGACAGUUCGGAUGAAGAUUCUGAUAUGAAAGAUGAUCCAGAUAAACCAGAAGGUGAACCUGAAAAUGCUGAUAAUAUGCCUGAUGAAAUGUCAAAAGAUUUCCCAAAAGGAAAGGACCCUAAACAACCCACGACAAAAUCACCUAUAGACGAAAAACCAGACGACACUGACAAAGAUUCUGAUAUGAAAACUGAUUCAGAUAAACCAGAAGAUGAACCUGAAAACACUGAUAAAAUGCCUGAUGAAAUGUCAACAGAUUCUCCAAAAGGAAAGGAUGCUAAGGAGCCCAAAGAAAAGUCAGCUAAAGAUGAGAAACCAGACAACUCUGAUCAAGAUUCUGAUAUGAAAGAUGAUCCAGAUAAAUCAGAAAACGAAGCUGAAGAUUCUGAUAAUAUGCCUGAUGAAAUGCCAAAAGAUUCCUCGAAGGGAAAGAGUCCUGAGAAACCAAAAGGAAAACCACCUAAAGAAGAGAAGCCAAAAAGUCCUGAUGAAGCUUCUGAUACGAAUGGUGAUCCUGAUAAACCAGAAGAUGAACCUGAAAGUUCCGAUAAAAUGCCUGAUGAAACGUCAACAGAUUCUCCAAAAGGAAAGGAUCCUAAGGAACCCAAAGAAAAAUCAUCUCAAGAUGAGAAACCAGAAAAUCCUGAUGAAGAUUCUGAUAUGAAAGAUGAUCCAGAUAAGCCAAAAGACUCAGAUGAUAUGCCUGAUAAGCUUCCAGAAAAUGAACCAGAUGAAAUCAGCUCUCAGAAACCGAAAGCCAAGCGAUCAAAGGGCGAAGAACCAGAAAAUACCAAUAAAGAUUUUGAAAUCAAAAAUGAUUCAAAUAGUCAGCCAAAAGAUUCUAACAUUUUGGAUGCUGAAAAUCCGAAAGAUCCUGAUGAUUUAGAAAAGCGUAUUGCUGAACAAAGUGAUUCUGAAAAACUGCCAAAAAAUAUUUGUAAAGAUCCUGAAAUGAACCGUAAAGCAAAGCGGUCAAUUGAGGGAAUUGGAGGACAAAAGUACCCUUCAGUAGAUGAUCAUGGAACUGAAAAUAAUCCUGAGGCAAUUUCUAAAACAGUUCAAUAUCCUGAAGGCAGGAAUUAUAAGCUGAAAGAGAUUCACAAAGUAUUAUUUCAAAGUGGUAUUUCUUUAAAAAACAAUAAUGUGGAAGAGAACAGUAUUAUGAAAAAUAUUAAAAAUGAACAAGAUUCAAAUUUUGAAGCAGAAGUCCUUGAAGACUCCUCAAACAAAGUACCUUUGAAAAUAAUAAAUAGCGACGACGUAGAUUUAUCACAAACAAAGGAAGAUAUGUUUGAUAGUAGAAGCUAUUGGCAGUUUAUUAAGAACAAAAUAUUUGCCGGUGUUUAACAUUUAGUUUGAAGCUGGUUUUUUAAUUAGUUUUUUUUUUUUUAUUGAUUAAGGUGUAUAGUAAUGGUUCCCGCCAAACUACAAUAAAUAGUUUGAAGAAAAAAAAUUACAAUUCAUAUUAGCAGAAGCAGUUAAAUGAAAAAUUUUUAACUACUUGUAAUCCUUUAUUAUAAGUGUUACAAUACUCAAAAAUUAAUUUUUAAAAUAUUCAAUCAGUUUUAAGAAAAUGUAAAAGAAUAUUAUUAAUAUUUAUAAUGUAAUUUUAGUUCAGAUAUGAAAUUAGCCAUUUAGUUUAAAUCCGUUUAAUGAUGUAGCAGCAGCUUCGCAUUGUAUCUAAUAUCCGAAUUCAUAAAACCAAUAUGAGCAUUUCAAAUUUACCCAGCAUUUUACUCUUAGUGUAAUUUAUUUACUUGGAUUAUUAUAUUAUUUAAGUUAAUUUUUAGUAUAAUUUUUACUUCAAUAAAAAUUUUGUAAGUGGAAAAUGUCUUGGAUAUAAUUCUACAUAUUUCUGUAUAAUAUAUGUAUAUUAUAUCACUUCUAAGUAAAAAAUUUCAAUGAGGUAAAGAAAGUAC